CUCUUCAUGCGGCCUUCCCUCCUCCUCCAUCCCGUCUGACUUUUUGGAACUGGUCUCUUUUUUCCCCUCCUUCAGGCUGGUCCCUUUCCUUCUCUUGAGUGGCUGGUCCUAUUACUCCUUGUUUCUAUUCGUAGGUCCCGACUUCGCCUAGUGUCUGUUUCGUCUGGUCCGCCUUCUUCGUCCAAGAGCGGCAGUCCAUUACCAUCCAUCCUGUCUUUUCACUUACUCUUUUCACUUCUCCAUCCCAUCCGUACGAUCGCCAUCCUCCUCCUCCUCUUCUCCUCACUCUCCUCGCCAUCCCUCUUCGCCUCAAAUCAACUACCUCUUCACACCUUCCUUAUACGACAGGGACACAACAUCGACUCUUCUAUGGAUUAGAUGGUUAGGAAAGCGAAUUAAUAUCUGGCACCGCUGCGGCUCGACGCCUGCGCUCAUCUCUUCGACCAGUGCCAGUUGAAUAAUCGACGAGAUGGAUAGCUGGGGAUAUGGAGGCGACUUGUGGACGAGGGCCGACGAUGACAGCGUGACGGACGGUAAUGGCGUGGCGGAUUCAUUACGAGGGCCCUUCAAGGCUACCAACAACUCGACAUCAGCCAUCAUCAACCAGUUCCGCUUCCAAGCCGCCAAAUCGAUUCGAACCUCGACCAUCAUCCUCGCCGUCUUCAACGUUAUCGCCGCAUUUGCAACAGCAAUUGGUAUUUUUUGGGACGGUUAUGCGACGGCCAAGAGGAACAACCAAAAGUUCGGCUUCAGAACGCAUGGGUUCACCUUUGUAGGACCUGCCGAGUCGUUUCCUCUCGUCCUGUCUGUCGGUAUCGUCGUUCAAGGCAUCGUCUUUGCCAUUGCACAGUCGACUGGACUCGACCAUCUCUUGACCUUGGGUUGCACCAUCACCUCCCAAAUGAUGCUGCCUGCGGUCUUCAUUGUCCCGUACAUCCAACUCGUAUUCGCUCUCGAGGUGGCCAUCCGGUCUCUACGAAAGAACCCACUGCCGUCUCGUGGCAAGUGGAAUGUUACCAUUUGCCUCGCCAUCGUCGGCACUUUUCUUCUCAUUACUUACCUUGUCACCCUCUUCGUCCGCCCUCCCAACUUCUGCUUUGCCUCGCUUUUCUGGUUUGUCCAGCGCUGGAAGGAGGGCUGCUUUGUACUCCUCACUUUCAUCUCAGCGGCGUUGCUGGGCUCGGCUCUGAUCAUCUUCUUCCGUCUCCACAACAACAUCAGAAUUGAGAACAGCGAGCGUAUUGCCGCCUCUAGGAUGGUGUACUUCCUGGCAGUCGCCUUCAUCUCGACUACUCUUCUCAUCCCCUUCUUCUUCAACCUCUCUUUCACGGAACAGCGAGGUGCCACUGGCCAGGCCCUGACGCUCUCCAUGAUUGCCUCCGUCGUUGCCAACGUAUCUGGCCUAUUGACUGGCGGUCUGCAUCUAUUCUUGCGAUCAAAUACUUUGUCUACUAUCGGCCCCCGCCAAAGCGACAAGUGGGAGUCGGAGCGUAAUAAACUCAAGGCCGGCAUUCGUGUCUAUAAUGGCGACGAUGAUUACGAAAACCACAUGAUGAACCCUGUCGGCCGGGCUCGUUCGCUGCGACGCAUGGACAGCACCGACAGCCUCGUGCCUGAGAAGGAGGAGGAGGAGGAGGCACGCAUCGAGAGUCCCUCUGGGUCUCCCACCUAUGCCAACCCUCUCCGAUCCAACGCUGUGUGGCAGCCGGUUCGCUCACCUCUGAGGACGCCGGAGCCUGUUCAGGUAUCAACCUACCAGGUGCCCAAGGCUCAUGGCCGCAAGAGGUCCUACUCCUUGUUCCCAUCUGAACAACAAAACAACAACAACAACACCAAGUCAAUCACUCUGCUACCGGCGAAGACAUACGCCCCGGGAGCGAGAAUUCCCGACGAGGACGAGAUGAUGUUACUCAGACCUCCACCAUCCCUCCAUCCUCAGGGAAUCCGCCAUCGUCGCGAUUCAUCGCUCGCAUCUUCAGCGACCGUGCAGAUUGGCCUGCGGCUGUCGAACGUCGAUGACAUGCCUCCGCCCAACUCACAGUACUUCCAGAACAAUGCCAGCGUGAACAGCUUGAGCUACCCUGAUGAGCAGGACGACAUGCCUCCCAAGCGGCCCAGCCCCUUGGCGCAGGUAGACGUCCUGAGCGACAGCGGUUCAUCCGACUCUGAGGAGGAUGCUACCUUGGUCUCGUCCUCUCCCAUCCGAUCUCAAAAAGAUUUGCGGAUGAAGACACUUCCGUCCGUUCCCAAGGUCACUGUACCCAGGCAGUCCCAGAUCAAGGAGCAAGAGCCGGAGCAGCUCACUCUCAGCCCGGCGGUCUACAGGCCUGAGAGCCCUCAAAAGACGAGGGUGACCAGCCCUCAGGGUGUUGGCUUUAACACCCCUGCGCAACGAAAGAAGUCGCCGGUCAGAUGCACCAAGCAGAAUUGCCAAUGUUCCGCUGAACACGACAAGCGCAACUGGAUCUAAACUUGAUCCGCCAACUGUACCAACACUGGCGUUUAUCGCACGCGCUACAAAAAAACCCCCCCCAAAAAAACCCGUUAUAGACACUCGAC